UUUUUUACUUCAUUCUGUUAUUACAUUUUAGGGUUGACUGCAUCAUAACUAACGUUUCACAAUAUUUGUUUCUCAUCUGACCACUAUGAGUUUAAGUCCCUUUACACUCAACAGGGAGUCGGAUGAAAGACUGUUCGGAUUAAACCGCAUCCUUAUUAUUUAGAGAAAUGGGACAGAAUAUCGUAUAAAAUCAGUAGGGGUUUACUGAAAGACAAGAAUAUACUUGAAAGUUAUUUAAGUGAUGUCCUUUUGCUGGCAGGCAGCUGGAGCCCCUAAAUAAAACUCCAAAACUCCCGUUUUACUCACAUCGUAUCAGUGGAAAUAGAGAGCGCCCCCGGGGCUGAGAGCCCCCUCCUCUACAUGUGUGAUGACAAAGAGAGGAGGAGGAGGAGGAGGAGGAGGAGGAGGGCUUGGCGAGGCUGUCGUCACUGGUGGAGGGGGGGGGGCUGCAGCAUCAGCAUCACUGCUCCAAGUGCGCAACUUGGACAAAUAACUACACUGUUUGAGGAGCCGCUGCGCUUUGAGACGAGAGGAGCUCUGCGUCUCCGUGAGGGCGUAAAUGAACCCAAAGCAGCGACUCCUGUGGACUCUGCCGCCGAACAGAUGAGAGCCAUGGCUGUGAUGAAGAAACACACAUUCCUGCUCAUCAUGGGUUUGAUAAUGAGGAACACCUACUCCGUCUCGUCUGACACGUUUCAGGAGGACGACUUUCCCCAUCAGCUGUUUGACUCUUUUACUGAAGAUGACAGUCAAAGCCUGAGUGGCAGGUUCUUGAAGCUGGGAUCGGUCAGGUGAAUGAGCCUUUUCAGGUGACCCUGAUCUACACUUCCUGUGUACCUGAGGACAGAAUGGUGGCUUUGGACUCUCUGGACUUCAUACAUUGUGAAUUAGAUGAUGAUGAUGAAGACCUGCAUGCAGUGUGUGAAGAGUCCUUCCACUGUGAAAACUCGGGCAGCUGCAUCAACCAGAGCAAAGUGUGCAACUUCCACACGGACUGUCCCAUGGGAGAGGACGAAGGUUUAAUCUGUGAUGGUUUACCUUUCGGCUCAUACUGUUCAUUUGACUGGGAUUUAUGCGGUUGGUCUGCAAUCAGCCAGCACUCAGGCUGGAGGAGGGUCGCUGGAAAUGAGCUCCUCGACAAGGAAAACAUGCAGGGCAUCACUCUGCAGCGCACUCCAGGGUACUUUUUGUUUCUGCAGGUUGAACAGAGUAAUUCUGUACGAAAGGCGUCCAUUCAGAGCUCCUCUUUCCCACGUCCGAUCUCCACGACCGGUUGCCAGAUGCGAUUCUCCCUCUACAUCUACGGACUUUUCAACGGUUUGCUGAAAGUGGCCAUAGAGGAAAAUGGGACCAAUGCGGCACUACUAGUCUGGGAAAGACAUGGCCAGUGGACGGAUGACUGGGAAGUUGUUGCUCUGGAGCUAACCGGCCUUCAACAUGGGUUCCAUAUUAAGGUGACGGCUGAGUGGAGACAAGGCUCCAGCGCUGAUGUUGCUCUCGAUAAUAUUGCAGUUGGAGCAGCCUGUUUCAGCAAAGAUCUGAACUCUCUGCUGCAAAUGGCUGAUUUGGAUUUCUUGACUCCUCUUCCAGAACCGUCAGUCUCAGAAGUUUCUCUGAUGACGUGGUGGUUCAACUCCUGCGGCGCCAGUGGACCGCACGGCCCGACCCAAGCUCAGUGCGACAGCACCUACAGGAACAAAAAUGUCAGCGUUUCCGUCGGGAAAGAAGGUUCUUUAAAAGGAGUCCAGAUGUGGAAGGUCCCCGACACAAACCGGUAUCUGAUCUCAGCAUAUGGAGCUGCAGGAGGAAAAGGAGCCAAAAACCACAACAAACGCAACCAUGGAGUCUUUAUAUCUGCCAGUUUCCCUCUGGAGAAAGGAGAUACACUUUAUAUUUUGGUGGGGCAUCAGGGAGAGGAUGCGUGCCCAGGGAGAAAUCCCCACACCCAGAAGAUCUGCUUAGGAGAGUCGUCUGUCAUCGAAGACAAUUUUAGGCUGGAUGCAAGUGCGGAGUGGGCAGGUGGAGGAGGGGGCGGAGGAGGAGCCACCUACGUCUUUAAGAAGGAGAACGGGGAGCUGGUUCCUCUGCUGAUUGCAGCUGGUGGAGGAGGUAACGCAUACAUGGAGUCCAGUCUGGACCAGAUUUCACUGGAGCAGUAUGAAAACAGCACCACAGCUCCUGGUACCAACGGACAAACAGGAAAAGCAGGUGGAGGAGGUGGCUGGAAGGACAACCCCAGCCCUCAUCUGACAGCUGGAAAGUCUUUGAUGGAGGGUGCAGUGGGGGGGUCUUCAUGCCCUUUGGCUCUGUCUAAACUUGGCUGGUCGACCUUUGGGGGGUUUGGGGGAGGAGGUGGAGCCUGCACUGCUGGAGGAGGUGGAGGAGGAUACAGAGGCGGUGAUUCUGCUCUGACAGAUGACAUCACUGCCGACGGCCAGAACGGAGUUUCCUUCAUCCAUCCGCUGGGGGAGAUUUUUCUGCAGCCUCUGGCAGCGAUGGAAGGUCACGGCGAAUGCGAGAUCAAGGUGCAGCUGAACUGCAGUCACUGCAAGACACAAAGCUGCAAGCGAGAAGAAGAGAGCCACUUCAUCCUCUGCGUCUGCGAUGACGAGGAAUUCCUGGCCAGUGACAACGUAACGUGCAUCAGUGCUGCAGCUGCACCCCCACCGGGAGAGAUGUCCACAUCCCUGGUCCUGGCCGUCGUCGUCUCCACCAUCGCGAGCGGCGUUGCUCUGGUCUGCACGGGCAUCAUCCUCAUGUGGUACCGCAGGAAGAUCGACAUGCUUGCAGUGAGGCGGCGUCUGCAGAGUCCAGAGUACAAGCUGAGCAAGAUCCGCUCGUCCACCAUCAUGACGGACUACAAUCCCAACUACUGCUUCGUCGGCAAGGUGGCCUCACUCAGCGAUCUGAAGGAAGUCCCACGCCAGAACAUCACGCUCUUCAGGGCUCUGGGUCACGGCGCAUUUGGAGAAGUUUACGAGGGACAAGUUCUACGGAUGAAUCCUGAUGGUAGUCCCAUGCAAGUGGCUGUAAAGACUCUUCCAGAAAUCUGCUCUGAACAGGAUGAAAUGGAUUUCCUGAUGGAGGCUUUGAUUAUGAGCAAGUUCAGCCAUGAGAACAUCGUGCGCUGCAUCGGCGUGAGUCUAAACAUCCUUCCCCGUUUCAUCUUGCUGGAGCUGAUGAUCGGAGGAGACAUGAAAACCUUCCUGAGGCAGAACAGACCGCGGACGGGCCAGACACCUUCACUCACCAUGCUGGAGCUGCUGCAAAUGGCCAGAGACAUCGCCAACGGCUGUCGCUACCUGGAGGAGAACCAGUUCAUACACAGAGACAUUGCUGCUAGAAAUUGCCUGCUGACCUGCGCUGGACCUGAGCGGGUGGCAAAGAUCGGAGACUUCGGCAUGGCUCGGGACAUUUACAGAGCCAGCUACUACAGGAAGGGGGGUCGUGCCAUGCUUCCUGUCAAAUGGAUGCCUCCGGAGGCUUUUGUGGAGGGAAUCUUUACCUGCAAGACGGAUAUUUGGUCGUUUGGAGUACUGCUGUGGGAGAUCCUCUCUCUGGGUUACAUGCCGUAUCCGUGUAAAACCAACCAGGAGGUGCUGGAGUUUGUCACCAGUGGAGGCAGGAUGGAUCCUCCCAAGGGCUGCCCCGGGCCCGUCUAUCGGCUCAUGACUCAGUGUUGGCAGCACUGUCCCAACCAGCGACCCAACUUCUCAACAAUCCUGGAGAGAAUCAACUUCUGCACUCAGGACCCUGAUGUGGUGAACGCGCCGCUGCCUGUGGAAUGUGGGCCCAACAUGGAGGAGGAUGGAGGACCGGUGAUGCGUCCCUCUGUCCCGCCCUCCACGAGUAUCACUCCACUCCUGGUGUCCCACUCCGUUUGCCAGGAUUCCCCCUCCCAGAUGGCCUUCUCUCCCAGGAGUUUUGGUCCCCCCACUCCUCCCCCACAACCCACCAAACCCCGCCUCCUCCUGCAGAAGACGCAGCCGAUCCACCAUGAAGUGACAUCCUGCUGCGAGGUGCUGCAGCCGUCCUGGGCCGAGACCGUCCCGGCGCCCGGUUUGUCGACGGGAGGCCACCGCCUCCACCACGCCGAGCACCGAUCCUGCUCCAGGAGCAGCUCCUCCUCCGGGAGCCAGAAGCUGAAGAACAAGACCAAGAACCUCUGGAACCCGACUUACGGCUCCUGGGUUUUGGAGAACUCCAAGGGAAGGAAAACGCUGGCUCACACUCAGUCGAUGCCGCUGUCCAGCUCCACCCCCAACUCCCAGAGCUGCAGCCCGGCCUCCGAGAACAAAAGCGUCUGCGACAGCACCAGCAGCUCCUACCUCAGCUCGAGUCCACCUCCUGCCAGCCCCACCCAGGCUCCACUCACCGCGUCCUCAGGGGCCACAAAAGCCGGCGUGGACUUGGCGAAGCUGCAGAGUUUCCCCUGCGGGAAUGUCAACUACGCCUACGAGGAGCAGAGCCACGAGGUGGAGAGCUUACCGCUGGUUGCAGCCAAAGCCGUGGAAGUCACCACAAACAGCAGCCCCACUCCCGGCUCGGGUCCGCAAGCGUCCUCAACCUGCAAACCAAAACUCUUCCUAAAGCGCCACGCCAGCUAUGGCCACGAAGACAUGAAGAGACACGCCAAAGCGGAGAAACCGACGCGCGAUCGAGACUCCGGCUUCUCCCUGUCAGAGGACCUGAGCAUCUACCACUCCUGAAAACAGACCUGGAGAAUGUUCUUAAAAAGACACUCAAACUCCCAGUUUGUGACUAUUUGAGGUCUGCCGUGGCCUUAAACCAAAUCAGAGGAGCUCCUGGUAUGCUGGAAAACCCAAACAAAAGCUGUUUGAGCCCUUUGGGAUGUUUGUAGCUUCACACUGAAACUCUGAGCAACCAACUGCUGUAGAUGAAUCCCAUCACACCCACACUGACAUUUUAAUUUUUUCCGUAUUAUUUUUUAAAUGAUCAAAAUCCUUCAGAUGCUUUUUAAACCAACAAUUUGAAUUUUAAAAAAUUCUCCAAGAUACAAUUUUAAGCUUAAUUUUUCUAAUACCUUAGAAAAAGUGCCAUAAAAACCUGUUAAAAACACAAUUUUCAUCGUGUAACCCUUUAACUUUUAUUCAGUAUCAUCUUAUAGUUGGACUUCUGCCAUUUCUGAUUUUAUUUUCACCCUUAAAAUGUGAAAAGAUUGAAUCCCAAUGACUGCAAUAAUUGAUUUUUGGCAUAAAAAAUGUACCAACCUUUAUGGUCGAUUGCUGCCCCCUGGUGGAAAUCUACAGUAUGUGCUCCCAUCUCAGUAUUUUGGGGAAUUUUUUGGCUUUAGGCUUCAAACCUGCUUUUUAUUCAUAAGAUAUGAGUUACUCAAAAACAGUUUUCAGGUUCCAAAUGUCUUAUUGUGCCAUACAGGACAUUUUGUGCUGUACUUUUAAAGGUUUUUGCACGUGUGUUUGACAUAAAUUUAAAUAGAGGGUCCAUCGUGAUAAAGAUACUGUCACUGAUUUGCUGUUUAUAGAUUUUUAACAAGUUGGAGUGAAUACAACGCCUUGAUCCAGAGACAGGACAUAAUUUGUGUUUCACUCAUACAGGGUGGUGUGUGUAAAUGUGUAGAACACAACCUUGCAGUUGUGAAAAGGUUGGCUAUUUUUCUAGUUACGUUUGUUGAGAUCUAUCUUUUGUUUGUUUGUUUAUGAUGAAUCUGCACUUGUAGUUGAACACUGCCAAAUAAAAAAUGUUGUCCGGGUAGUACCACUGGUACCCAGUAGGGGGAGACAUAGAGGCUGUAGCAGGGAGCUGCUGCCAAACUUAAUUGUUGCUAAUUAUUCAUUAUUUAAGUGUUUAAUUUAGUUGGAUUUGGGGGUUGUUGUCAAUGUGACUUUUAUUUUGAAAGCAACAUCUAUAUUUAACAUGUUAAAUGUGCAUUUAUAUUUUAUUAUAGUUUUUGGCUAAUUGUAUUUUCUGCUCAGGCUUGCUAAUAUUGUCUUAAGUUUCCAACCUGACUUGAAAACGUUUUUUUAAGUAAAAAUUAAUAUGGACUUUUUAAUACAGGAAAAAUACUUUCUUGGGCAUUCUCUCUUCAUCUGUGUGUCAAGAUAAGCCUAAUGCAAACAAACUUAAUACAAAACAGGCUUUGACAUCUAUGUUAACCUAUUUUACCCCCAUUGGCAGGAAAUAUAAAUCUAUUUUUUAAUGAGAAAAGCUGAAAGUUUGACCUUUUUCUACUAGUUUUAACUAUUGUGAGUAUUCCUUAUUUCCUAACAUGAUUGCCCUUAAUGGAGCUGCUAAAGUUUGAGAUCAAAGUUGUUUGGUUAAAUCAUGAUUUUAUUAUUUUUUUAUUUUUCUCCAAAAAGAGAAAUCUUCAGCUUUUCUAGAAAAUAAUGACAAUCCAGAAUGUUUCUUCAAUCACCUUCAUUUCUUUCUGCAAACUGAAAUAUUUUAAUCCUAAUAUUUCUUGGCCAGUGUGUGCUUUCAUUAACCAGUUUGAUGACUUUGCAGCUCAAAAGUCUUUAUUUUUGUAAGUGCUUCUCUGUACACUGGACUAAUGUGAUGUUUUUUUUUUUUUUUUUUUCUUAGUUUAUUUAAGUCUGAUUUAGUGUUGUAGUACCUGUAUUUAACCAGAAGGGGGUGCAUUUUGCUUGUAAGGAAAUAGGUGCUGCCUGUCUCUUUUUUGGUGUUUGGCUAAUUUUCUUAUUGGAAAUGAAUAAAUAAAUAAAUAUAAUAAUCACUUUUA